CACAUGUUAAUUAUUUGAGAAGCGACUUUUCUUAUUAGAAGUAAAUUAUCAAAUUUAGAAGCAUGUGACAGUAUUCAGUAAAACUUGACAAUUAUAGGUUAAAAUAGAGAAAGUUAGAACAUUUUUUAUUUGUAAUAUGUUUUAAUCUUUCAGGUUUGUAAGGUUAGGAAAUUUAUUAUUUUAAUUGAAAAAUAUGGUUUCAAAGAAAGAGAAGGGUAAAAGAAAGAAGAAUCCAAUAGAAUACGAAGACGAAAAUGAACCUGAUAAAUUCCUUGCUUAUGUAAUAAAACCAAAGAAGAAAAAAGUAACAAUGGAAUCUAGCUCGGUAGCCAGUGCAAGCAAAAUAGAUUCCUCGAGAGAAAAACCAAAAAUAAAAAAAAAAAAAGUUAAAAUGCAAAUAGAAAACAAUCUUUCAGAAUCAAUGAGUAAAGAUGAUACAGAUUCUAUGAUAACUAUGUCUAUUAGUGCAAAGCCUAAGCUUUACCAAAAUGCUGGUCAUUCAAAAGCUACUAAUGCUACAAGUAAGAAAAUGAGUAAAGUAAAAAAGAAAAUUAACUCUACAAAUCAGAAAACUUUAAAUGAUUCUUUAGCUGAUUGGUCAGUUGAUGAAGCAACUGGUAUUGAAUUGAUUACUCCAAAAACUUCUUUGGAUCCAGUUGAUGAACAUGGAAAUAUAGUUCCAAUGAAUUAUCAUAUUCCAAGAAAAUUUGAAUGUGAUAUAGAAUAUGAAAAGGAUAUUUCACAUUAUCAUAUGAAACCAGUUGUCAUUGAAGCUCAUCUUAAAAAGCCAUCUAGUUAUUACAUACCUGCCAUUCUUAGAGAUAAAUCAAAAAAAGGAAAGUCAAGCAACGAAAACAGUUUUCAAAAUAAAUUAACAUCUAUGAAUCAGAAGAUGGUUGAGAAGGCAAAUGAAAACAAUGAUUCAGCUUCUGAAGAUUCGUAUACCGAUCUUGAAAUCGUUCCAGGGAAUACUAAAGUCAAACCAUCCAGUACUUCAAAAGUGAUAGGUAGUUUCAAUGAUACAUGUAGUAAAAUACCAGAAGCUCUUGAAAAUUUAAAUACAGAUACCAGUAAAACUAAUGUUGAAACAAAUUCUAAUGCACAAGAUCCUUUAAAAGAAUCUAAUGAUAAAUCAAAUAAUGUAGAAGAUUUUAAUACAGAAUCCAAUGAAACGUUAAAUGCUGAACAAGAUUCUAACAUACCAGAUGCUUUAAAAGAAUUCUAUGAAGAGGUAACAAAAGGAUUUGAAAAUCUUGCCAAUAAAUCAUUAAACAUCAAUAAAAAAUCUAAGAAAAAGUCACUUUUGACAGUUGAUCAAUCAGUCACAGAUGAAAGAACUUUAGCAAAUAUAGUUUCUAGAAACACUGCUCAACUAGAAAAUACAACCUCAACAUACCAUCCAAACAUUGCCAAAUUUUUUUCACUAGAGAAUAAAGUUAUCUUAGUACUUUAUCCAGGAGCUCAAUUUUCAUUUUUAGGAAAAUUGAAAAUAAGAGUAUUGUAUGGAGCUAUAGAGCUCUAUGGUUCUUUAUUCAACUCUCAAAAUACAUUGAAACCUUUAGAAGUCUACUCUCCAAAAGGAUACAGUUCUAUCAGCAUCUCAACCUCUAACACAAAUGGUAUGCACGAUAAAGAAGCUUUAUGGGAUUGUUUGACCUCAGAAGGUGUAGACAGAUCCCUCAAAACAAAAUUACAUGAUUCCAUUCAGGAAUGUAAAGAUGGUUGGACUGUUCUUCUCCUGGAAAAUUUUGAAAAUACACUGACAAACUUUCUCAAUUCCUACAGUUCAUUUAAGCUAUUUCCUAAAAUAGAAAAUAUGAGGUAUUCCUGGUGUGAUCCAAAACGAGCUGAAUACAUUCUUCAAGCAUAUUUCCAAUGCACCUGCUCAGCAGAUGAAAUAUCUAUUGGUCCUCAGUGGAAUCAAAAUGUAACUAAACAAUUAUUAAAACAGUGGCAAUUGACUAAGUCUAUGUCCACAGUAAUUGUUGGAGGCAAAGGUGUAGGCAAAUCCACAACUGCUAGAUAUUUGAUUAACAAUUUACUAAGGUAUUCCGAGAAAGUUGUGUUGCUGGAUUUGGACAUUGGGCAAACAGAAAUGACACCACCUGGUUGUAUGUCGUUAAAUGUUGUAGAAGAACAUUUGCUUGGACCAAACUUCACACACCUGAAAAUGCCUUAUUCCCAGUACUACUUGGAAGAUGUAACUGUUACAAACUGCAUGACUCGAUACAUUGAGUGUGCUAAAAAAUUAGUUGAAUGUCUAAAGAGUACAAAAGAUCUGCAGCAAUAUCCAAUUGUUGUAAAUACUAUGGGAUUCUGCAAAGGGAUUGGUCUUGACAUCUGUAUUUUCCUAAUAAAACUUAUUCAACCAAGCAAUGUUGUGCAGAUUAUGUCUAGAAGACCAAAGAAUAACUUUGAGUUUUCCUUGUUCAAACAAACUAUUAAUGAAUAUAAAACUUCUUUGAAUUUUCUAAGCAAUGACAGCGUUGUUUAUGAGAAAAUUUGCGAUUAUGAACUACAUCACGUUCCAUCUGUAGCCGAGGGUAAACGUCAGUUUGAAACCUGGAAUAUGGAACCUCGACAACAACGAGAACUUGUUUUGCUUUCUUAUCUUAGUCAAAUUAUUAGUAAUGCUGAUGAUAAAAACUUUUGCAAUUUCACGUCCAACAGCAUCAACAACAUAAUUCCAUACACACUGCCAUUCUCAUCGUUUUAUGUUGCAUUAAUAAAAUCAAAUACAUCGCCGACUCACAUACUAUCGGCAAUGAAUGGAAACAUCGUUGCUUUGUGUGGUACUGAUCUGGACGAUGAAACUUCAGAAGAAAUCAAAGAAACUUUAAAUUAUCCUAUGGUGAUAAUAAAACCACCGUCAUGUACUUGCUAUGGCUAUGGCAUAGUGAGAGGCAUCGACAUGAAACGUCGUGAGAUCUACAUCAAUACGCCACUCAAAGAAUCCGAUUUAUGUCAUGUGAACAUCUUAGUCGGUUGCACUCCAGUACCAUUUACUUUGUUGCAUGGAAAUGCACCAUACGCUGGUGAUAGAGGUGGAUUGCCGACUAGUCGCGAACCUCGUCGAGGUAACUUCCGUAUCGAUCAGAAUAAGAAUACUUAAGAGUGAACGUUUCUUAUAUCUCGUUAAACUAUCGUUUUAUUCAUACAUUUUUCUAUAUCGUGCAGAAUGAUUCAAAUAUUUUUUCUGCUAUUCGUUUUGUCUAAAAAUUCUCGCUUUCUUUUUUUUUUAUGACAUUGUAUAAAACUGAAUUUGUAAAAAUGUAUCGAUCAUUCAAUAUGGAGAUCAUACAGUAACGUAUACAUAAAUACGUCUAAAUGUUUUAUUAAUAAAUUCAACCUAUAUUUUUACAAAGUAUUUACAUAUACGAGAUAUGAAUAAUAAACGAAUGAUUAC